UCUCUCUCUAUCACUUCUCACACCCAACCCAAAAACGGACACUUCUACAAUUUCGCCGCAUUUUAGAGACAAUGGAAGAUUAUCCCGUUUUAUUUCUCAAUCUACAACCGUGAAAACAGUCCCGCAUCUUUUGCUAAAUUAUAGCUCCCCGUCCCCAUCUCCAAUGUCCACCUCUCCCUCAACUUCUGCCUUUUGGUCAUGGCGGUAAACCACGUUUUCUCUCUCCAAAUCAUGGAUUUAGCAGUUUAUAUAUCUCUCUCACAGUGCCUUGGAUUUUCUGUUUGAUUCACAUACAGAGAGAGAGAGAGAGAGAGAGAGAGGAAAAGGAGAAAGUUAAAAUGGAUGGUUCUUUCUCUAGCCUCCUUUGUCAGGAAAGUGAGACUCGCUUGGAUGAAGAGCUGGUGGAAGAGGACACGUUCAUUAACUUUAAGAAUUAUGAUGGCUAUGAAGAUGGGUAUAUGGAGAUGUUUUUUGAAAGAGAAACCUGUCAUGGGUUCAAAAGAAGUGAGUCUUUGGUCUUUGGAAACUGGGUCAAAUGUGCUCGCUUGGAAGCUAUCACAUGGAUUCUCAGAACCAGAGCAGCAUUCGGAUUUCGCUUCCAAACAGCUUAUUUGUCUAUGAUAUACUUCGAUCGAUUCCUUUCAAGGCGUUCCAUCGAUAGUGAAAAUUUGUGGGCUAUUAGAUUGCUCUCAGUAGCAUGUCUUUCUUUGGCUGCGAAGAUGGAUGAGUUAAAAGUUCCAGUGUUGUCAGAGUAUCUAUUAGAGGAUUAUAACUUCGACAGCGAAGUCAUUCAGAGAAUGGAGCUUUUGGUAUUGAGCACGUUGGAAUGGCGGAUGUGCUCAAUCACUCCUUUCGCUUUUCUUUAUUUCUUCAUCAACAAGUUUUACGAGGAAUCUCCGCCAAGCAAUAUAGUGUCUAGAACUGUGCAGAUCAUCUUAGCCAUAAUGAGAGAGGUCAAUUUAAUGGGCCAUCGACCGUCUGCUGUUGCUGCUGCCGCCGCCUUGUUGGCUUUGGACGACAGAUUCACAAGAAGAGCAUUGGAAUUGAAGAUGAAUUCCAUUUCUCAUCGUAGAUUUCUUGAAGUUGACGAUGUAUUUUCAUGCUAUAAUAUGAUGCGAAGAGAACAAAUGGAGAUUCUUAAAAUCCCAAAGGCUGUGAAUUCUUCAGAUCUUUUGCCGACCCAAUCGAGGCCGAUUGAUGUUAUAGAAAAAUCUUCGGUUACUUCUGCAGUUACCGACAAAAGAAGAAAGCUUACGUUCAGUACUUGUGAUCAAAGUUAUGGAAUACCUGAUGAUAAACUUGGAUAAAGAGAUUUCUGACUAUUGAGAGUUUUCCAAAGAUUUAGCUAUUAUGGCUUUUACAAUGA